AUGGCCACUUCAAUCACCAGUCUGGCUACUAUGGUGCAGGUUAACAACCUCACAGAAGCUGAAUACGGCUGUGAACAUCUCUCUGUCGUAUUAAAAGAUGACGGUCGUGGCUCAAAAUUUAUCGUUUCCUACAUGAAACAAGCUGCAAUAAGAAUGAGCCGAAACAAUCGCAAACAUGAUGGUACAAAUGGUAUUAAAUCAUCACUCUCGCAGCGCGUGUCCUUGAAGCCAAUGUACAUUUGUGUCGAUUGCUCUGAAAAGCACAGCAAUGGUGAUCGACAAGUGCACAGCGAAAAGACUGACCAUCAAUUUUAUAUCGACUCUCGCACUGGUGCCCUUUUCUGUCAAUCUUGUCGUGAUUUUGUGUACGAUCAUGAACUGGAGAAAAUUCGUACUCGGGCAGCUGGUCUGUGGUCAAAAGACCUGCUUGACCAUAACCAGGAUGGCUCAAGGGUUACCAGCUCGAUAGAGUCCGCAGUGCAGGAUGCCUAUUCACGAGCCAAAAAGGCUAAUAGUAUCGCUCUAUCGCAAGAUAAUCCCUUGUCAAAACCUAGCAGGUACAUUCUCGACGUACUCAGUCAAUUGAGCAAUAAAACGAGAAAACGAAAGGCGAGCAACAUACCAAUAGACGAAAGCAACGGAAACGUGGAGCACAUCUUCACGAAUGGCGUGACUACCACGGAAGUGCCCGAAGCCGAUGAGACAUAUAUCAAAACCAACGCUACCAAACGAACAUGCCAAAGUGAGGGGGUUAGAGGUCUUUUCAACCUAGGACAAACCUGCUACAUGAAUGUGGUCCUGCAGACGCUGUUACACGACCCGUUCAUGAAUGCUUAUUUCUUGGGGAAUGGCCACAAAUACUACGACUGUCAAGUUGAUGGUUGUGUAUUGUGUGCGAUGAGCAGGGCCUUUGCUGAGUUUAACGGAUGUGAUAAGAAAGAUGGCUUUACAGCGGAGACAUUGUUAUACUCGACGUGGAAGAACCAUCCUCCUCUCGCGGGAAAUCACCAACAAGACGCGCAUGAGUUUUAUCAAUUCCUCGCCGGCGGCUUACACGCAGCCUCAUCCGACGAAAACGAUCAGUUGAAAUGCAACUGCUUCUUCUGCAAGGCGCUGUUUGGCAAAUUCCAAAGCACGUUAACUUGUCCAAUCUGCCGGCAUACAAGUCCGACUGAGCAGCCAUUAUUAGAACUCAGUCUGGACGUGCAAUUGCACUCCAAGAAACGACAGAUGAAUGGCAAACUGCACGGGUCGGUGACCCCAACCCUGGCGGGCUGUCUUCAGUCGUGGGUGACGCCUGAAGAAUUGAUCAUGGAGGGAUAUCAAUGCCAAGGCUGUCACAGUUACCCAGACAAGCUCACCAAACAAUUGAGAAUCAAACAAUUACCAGCCAUGCUAUGCAUGCAGAUGAAGCGCUUCGAACAAACCGACUCCGAAACGCGCAAAAUGCAAGGCAAAAUCGACUUUCCCCUCGAAAUCAACAUGCAACCCUACACCGUAGCUUCGGGUUCAAAAAAGGCUCCAGCAACAAAGCGCAACGAUAUGUUCAUGUACGACCUCGCGUCAGCCAUUGUGCAUGAUGGCGCUGGCCUGAAUGAAGGGCAUUACAUUGCAUAUAUACAGCAGGGGGAUCGGUGGUGUUUGUUUAAUGAUGACAAGGUCACGUUAGUUUCGGAGGGGGAUGUGUUGAACGCGGAUGCGUACUUGUUGUUUUAUACGUUGAGGUCGUUGAGUUUUGGGAAGUGA